AUGUUUGGUGAAUGCUCAUUUGUUAAUGGUUGUAAUGGAACGAUUUUAGCUGGAAAUGUAUGUGAAGAGCAACAUUGUUGUAUUCGAACUGUCAUACCAGCUUCACAGACAUGUAUUAGUGUUAAUGACUUCGACAUUCUCUAUAAUACAAGUCGCGCAAGCUUUCUUCGCAAUGUUCUUAACUUCGGAAUCAAUGCGGCUGGAAUCUGUGACAAUUGUCAAGCAAAAGCAGCAUUCUUGGCAGUAGCAGCGACGAUGACACAGAAUUUUCAAACUGACGAAGCAACGGGUACUGAUGCCGAAUUUGCUGCCGACAACAACAAGUACGGAAACACAGAGGAAGGUGAAGGAUCUUUUUAUCGUCGACGCGGUUUUUUUGGUCUUCGUGGAAAAGUAAUGUAUCAAAGGUUACAAACAUUGAAACCACAAUUUCAAAGUCUAACUAAUCCAGAAUUAGCAGCUUUAGUAGAAAACUCCAUCAUAAUUGCUUCAGAACUCUGGAAAAAUCCGAAUUUAUUGAACGAAUGUGGUGGUGAUCUGUAUCCAGGACAAGGUCCUAGUUGUGUUUUUAAUGAGACUCAUAAUGGUUCAUGUUCGGCAGAUUGUAUCACAGGACUCGAAGAUUCAGGUGCAUACUGCGGUUGCAGUGGUGAAAGAGGUCUACAAUGUCCAAACAGUCCAAAACAUGUUCGAUGCUGCGUGGACACAUGUUCACAAGAACUCAAAAUGGAUUUGGGCUUUCUUCUUGAUGCUAGUCGUAGUGUGCUUUUAGAGAAUUAUAAACUUCAGCAAAAGUUUACGAAAGAUUUACUUCGUCGAGUGAACGUUGGAUAUCAGAAAACACAUGUUGGUAUAAUAAAUUAUUCUAAUAAAAUCGAGGUCUUAUCAUGGCUGAAUAAAGACUAUGAGCUUAAUGAGAAACUUCAACGAGUCGAUAGUGCAACAUACUUUAAUAGUGGGACGGAUACGGCUCUAGCUCUAAAACAAGCAAAUAUUGUUUUUUCGUAUGAAAAUGGUCGUCGACAACCGGAAGAAGGUGCAACGCCAGUGAUAUUUGUAAUCACCGAUGGAGAAAGCAAUAAUCAAACAGCAACCGUCCAAACUGCUAGUGUUUUAAAAAAAAACGAAAUUAUUUUACUUCGACGUGGUCUUGACGUCGAUGGAAGUGAAUAUAAAAAGAAAAAUUAUGGCUCUACCAAUAAAAGUAUGACUGAAUUAAUUUCUUCAAUUCAUUUAUAA